GCCAGUUUGGAGAAGAGUGAGGUGUUCCAUCUCCAGCAACAGUGCAAUUUUCGCAGAAAAAAGGUGUUGUUUCAUGGCAAUCUCGUCCUGUAGAAGCCCAAAUGAAUAGCUAUUGGCAGUUGCCUUGUCGAACAUGGGAGAGGGUUUCUCCGAUGGUUCUUCCCUCGCACACGAAGAGGUGCGUCGUCUCCUUCUGGGUUCACUGCUUACAGGUUUCUUCUAAUUCAGCCUCCACAUUUAGUUUUCUUCCGUUCUUAUUCUCUAGAAGAUGGUUGAGUCGAAGAGUUCCGUCUUCGUGUUUGCUUCAAACCAGACCGUUUCCUGAUUAUUCUCCCAAGAAACCUACGAUUAGAGAUACUGAACUCGUCAGUUACAUCACCGCUGCAAUUAAGUUGCGUCGUUCUGAGCCCCUCAAACGCAUUCUGAAGCCCCAUGAAUCCAACUUUAGGCAUCAUCAUCUGAUUUGGGUGCUGAUGAACAUUAGGAAUGAUUAUAAUCUGGUUUUGGCUUUCUUUGAUUGGGCACGGGUUCGUAGGGAUCCAUCACUGGAGGCCCGUUGCAUUGUUAUUCACAUUGCCGUGGCAUCAAAUGACCUUAGAAUGGCUCAUGAGCUAGUUCGUGAUUAUUUCAUCAGCUCAAAAUUGGACGUUGGUGUUACAGUGGCUCAAUUUACAGACCGGUUGAUAUACACGUACAAGGAUUGGGGGUCAAAUCCCAUUACAUUCGAUAUCUUUUUCCUAGUUCUUGUUGAAAUCGGUUUAUUCAGUGAAGCAAGAAAACUAUUGGAUAAAUUGUUGAGCUAUGGAUUGGUUAUUACUGUCGACUCUUGUAAUUUCUUCCUUAGUCGCAUUGCUCGCAAUUCUGAAGGACUAGAGAUGGCAAUAGAGGUUUUCAGUGAAUAUGGUAUUUGUUGGAAUACUACAUCAUAUAACAUCAUUAUUUAUUCUUUAUGUCAAUUGGGUAAAAUAAAAGAAGCCCAUCGAUUACUGCUGCAGAUGGAAUUCAGGAGUUCUACGUCUGAUGUUGUUAGUUAUAGUACUGUGAUUAGUGGAUAUUGUCAUUUGGGAGAACUCAAGAAGGCUUUGAAGCUUAUAGAUGACAUGCAGAUAAAUGGAUUGAAGCCAAACCGAUAUACCUACAAUAGCAUAAUAUUGCUUCUGUGUAAAAUUGGUAAGCCAUUUGAAGCUGAAAAAGUAUUGGGAGAGAUGAUUUCUCGAAAGAUUAUCCCUGAUAAUGUAGUCUACACAACUCUCAUACAUGGUUUCUACAAAUUAGGACACGUUCAAACUGCAAAUAAAUUGUUUGAUGAAAUGCUGCUUAAGAAGAUCAGUCCUGAUUAUGUAACCUAUACAACUCUUAUCCAGGGAUUUGGUCAAAGUGGAAAGGUGAUAGAACCAGAAAAUCUGUUCCAUGAAAUGAUUAGUAGAGGCUUAAAGCCUGAUGAAGUUACUUAUACAACAUUAAUUAAUGUUUAUUGCAAAGCAGGUGAGAUGAUGAAAGCAUUUUCUCUUCACAAUGAGAUGAUUCAAAUGGGGCUAACUCCAAAUAUUGUUACUUACGGUGCUCUGAUUGAUGGCCUUUGUAAGCAUGGAGAACUAGAUACAGCAAAUGAACUUUUGGAUGAGAUGCGCAAAAAAGGCCUUCAGAUAAAUGUGUGCACUUAUAACUCAAUUAUUAAUUGUAUUUGCAAAGCUGGAAAUAUUGCACAAGGAAUAAGAUUGAUGGAAGAGAUGGAGGUGGCUGGGAUUUAUCCUGAUACUAUCACUUAUACCACGAUCAUUGAUGCUUAUUGUAGAUCAGGAGAUAUCGUUAAGGCUCAUAAACUUCUUCAGGAGAUGUUGGAUAGAGGACUUCCACCAACAGUUGUUACGUUUAAUGUUUUAAUGAAUGGAUUUUGUAUGUUGGGAAUGCUUGAAGAUGGUAAUAUGCUCUUGGGAUGGAUGCUAGAGAAGGGCAUCAUGCCCAAUGCAACAACAUACAAUAAUCUUAUGAAGCAAUAUUGCAUUAAAGAUAAUAUGCAUGCUACAAGUAAGAUUUACAAGGGGAUGCGGGAUCAAGGAGUGAUGCCUGAUAGCAACACCUACAAUAUUUUAAUAAAAGGGCAUUGCAAAGCACGGAAUAUGAAAGAGGCAUGGUUUUUGCAUAAAGAAAUGGUUGAAAAAGGAUAUAUUCCCUCAGUUACUUCAUACAAUGCACUCAUAAAAGGAUUUUACAAGAAAAAGAAAAUAUUGGAGGCGAGGGAACUCUUUGAAGAGAUGAGAGGACAGGGGUUGGUUUCUGAUAGAGAAAUAUACAAUAUCUUUGUUGAUAUAUACUAUGAAGAAGGAAAUACGGAGAUAACUCUUAAUCUUUGUGAUGAAGCAAUUGAGAAAUGUCUUCUUGGUGAGAGACAAAAAUAAAAGAGCCUCAUCCGAUAUUUUUCCCUAUACAAUGAUCAAAACUUGAAAAUGGAUUUUCAGUUUUAUAUGCAUCAACGGUAUUCCGUGCUCUAUUAAUCUAAAGCUUCUUGCUCAGUGUCAUGGGAAUGUACAUGUUGGCACAAAAAGCAACUACUUAGGAGCUAAUUUUAUUGUUUGGAUGUCCUAUAAGCACAUUUGCAUAAUUGAUGCAAGUUUUAUGAUAUUACCAAGCAACUUGGGUCAACAAUCCGAUGAUUUUUCAUCUUAGAGUGGGCUGGUGUUAUUUGAGGCAUUGGAUAGCCUGAUAAUAGAAAACCACUUUUACUAAGAGCUUCUAGUAGUUUUGACCUGCAACAGUGGCAGAACUUAUGGAACGGAAGUGGAGCUGCUAGGAUUCACAACUCAAGGUUUUUUCCAAUAAUUUCAAGAUUUUCGAGAUGUAAACAAUUAGAAGGUCGUCAUCAAAAUUUGGAAAGCAUGAAAGCAAAAUUGAAGAAGAAUAUGGUAGUGGCAGCUGAAAAGGAGCGUCUGGAGUUGGGAACUUGAAAUCGAGAAGUUGCUGAUACUGGAAGGCCCAACAGAACACCGUGGAGUUUGUGAAGAGGAUACUAACAGUAACAUGUAAAUGAUCAAGUAUGAUUGCACGAGAUGGAUUAAAAGAAGUCAUUUGGGGGACAGUUGCAUCAAGAUAGUCUUUUGCUGCUGAUUAACGACAACUUCAAAGCAUGCACUUUUAUUUCAAAGGUUUAUUUUGUCUAUUUAUAGUCAUUAUUCUUUUUUACAAGCUCAUCCUUUAGAUUAUAAAAGCCUUGCCAUUGUUAAGCUCUCAUGAAGUAGUACCAAAUUAAGUUGAUUGGCUCUUUUUGCUUAUUUAGAAAUUAUUUUAGGACAUAUUGAUGAAUACGAUUCGUCUGGUUAUCUGUAUAAGAUGGAAAUACCAUCUGGUUAUCUGUAUAAGAUGGAAAUACCUCAAGAAACCGCACGAUGUUAAUAGUACAAAAUUCUGGAGGCAAGGCAGCUUGAAUCGUAUUACGCAGCUGACACGAUAGUUGAGCAUUUGGCCAAGCUUCCUUGGGAGGUCAGUUUGCAUCAAACACUUAAAAAGUAUCUUCGCAGAUGACGAGCAGGUAAAACGUGAAUAAUUCAUCAAGAUAUCAUCGAGAAGAAUCACAAGUAUCAUGACCGUUAAAUUAGUUAACUAGAGAGAGCAAAGGCCACUGCCUUUCGCAGGGGUCGUAUUAUUUGUUCUUGAUACUGCUUUGGGAGGCCAUUAUGUCUAUAUUGACAGGAGGCAUGCUGUUUUUCCAUAUGGGUGGCAUGAUGAGAUGUUAAGAAACUUUGACACAGCUUCUUCUAGUCCCAAUAGAAAUGUUUGACAUUUUUUGGGCAUCCUUUGAAAAUAUUGAUGGUAUUUUUCUAACAUUGACAACAGCCAGUAAUU